UCAAAAAACGGCCCUCCUAACUGGUUUAUCCCCUCUCAAAAAUUUUACUAUUUUAAUUCAACGCUGUUUGCCGAAUAACAAUUGCGCUGCCCCCAUCGAGACAUGGGUGAUCACCAAAACAACAAAACUGAUCGGGUCAACGAUAACAGCGAUACAGGCCACCAGUCCAUCGUCGAUAUAUUUGCAGUGGACUGAGCGAGAACCGACGUACGACGUCUAUUACGGAUACGAGCUACGGUGUUGUGUUUACGCAAAGUUUAGAUGUUUCAUGACUGAAACAAUGAACACCUUUGCCACACUAACGAACCUGGAUGCAGACAAGCUCUACUUCAUUCACGUCGGAUCAAUGCUCAAAAGCUACGGGUUGGGAAUGGACGACAUUGCACCGGUUGCUACCGCAACAGUUCGAACAUGGAGCUUAACUCCAUCAGCUCCGGUUCUAGAAUAUGGCGGACACACGGCAAGCUCUGUGGUGGUGCAGUGGCGUUUUGACAACAGCACUCUGGAAGUUGUUCAGGUUUCUCGAAACAAUGAGACAUGGCUUGAUUGUAUCGAUGCAAAUCAUUGCUUAAGUUCAACGAGACGUCCAGUGGAAGAGAGACAACUAUACAUUGAGGGACUCCUCACUCUCAGUAAGCUAGAACCCGGCUCCUCCUAUGUCCUAUAUGUGAGAGGAUGUACAAAGCAAGGUUGCGGGCCAUCUACGAGCAUUGCAGCUCAAACCAUUCUACAAGUUCCAGCUGCACCAUCCAUAGGACUUCUAGGAAGCAGUGUCAAUACUGCAGCACUAAACUGGACGUUUGAUGACACCGAAACUGUUCUAGUGCAGGUCUCACAAAACCACACGACCUGGUUAAACUGCACCGAUGAGAAAGAUAACUGCAAAAUAAGCAGCCUUUACAACUGGUCAGCGUCUCAUUGGUCUGGAAUCGUGACGCUAAUAAACUUGCACUCAGGAACCUUCUAUACGGCGUCAGUGAGAGGAUGUAACUACUAUGGUUGUGGAGCACACAACUCAACAGAUUUUUCUACAGCCAAAGCAGCUCGUUUUCCUUUGCGAGCCGUGGCGAUGGUUUCGACGAGCGACGCCUGGGAUUCUUUGGAUUUCUUGGUACUUGACGAAUCGAUGUCCUACGUGCAUCCUAAGGAGGUGUCAAUGUGGGAGGACAAUAUGAAGUCGUGGCCACCCAUAGAGAAGCCGGAUAUCGUCUUCUACUUGGUCCACUCAAAGGCCUGCGAUCUUCAGGAGGUCAGAGCGUACAAGAGCCUAGAGUCGUAUCUCUACCUGACAAGCGGCCUCGUGGGAACUGUCCUUCACCACAGAAUAAGCGACCAGCUGGGCUACUUCAAAGCAGAAGUGGGUAGAUCCCAGUCCUUUAAUGCUGCUCCACACAAGGCAUGGGCAUGCGUGCACACCACUGGUCGGGUAGUUACAGGAGGCUGUUCCUGCAUGGCUGGCCAGGCAAAGGUGUGUAGCCAUGUUGGGGCCAUCUUGUGGAAGAUGGAGCAUGCCUUUGUGAACAAAAUGACGGGCACAGCUUGCACCGACGAAGCUGCCGCCUGGAACCGAGAGAUAAAGUGCCCGAAUGUAUUGAACUGUGAAGACCUUCUAAAUUCCGGAAAAUACGACAUAAAAAAGAAUGGCAAUGGCAUUUUCGAGCUGCAACCAAAGGGAAGAAACAAGUUCUAUUAUCAAGUUCAGUUUGCAAUGCACUGCACUGGAAAGACCGUCUGCCACCUCUAUGUGUGGUCAGAGGGCCAUGACGAGGUUGUAGUUGUCCCCUACAACAAGGACUUCAUGAAGUGCUACCUACAAAGAGUGAAGAACUUCUACUUCAAGAGCCUGUUGCCGGCAUUUGUGGAGGACGUUAACUCUGGAAAGAUAACGCUCUCAAAUGAGUACAAGCAGCUUGCACGUAUGUAA